UUGACACAGUUUGCCGGCUAUUUAUGCCAACGACUUAAUCUUAUAUAAUCAUAGGCAGGCUCCAAUGUCUAACAAAUCUAAAUCAAAAAUACCCGCCCAUCAAUGGAUUAGAUGUGAGGCUGGAAAUGUACCGCAAGAUGUUCGUUGUCCGGAUUCAUCUGAAAUAGCUGGCUCCGAACUCCUGCCGUUUCUUCUGGACAUGGAUCUUAAGCAGCAAGAACUAGAGGCAGAAACACCAAUUAGCAAAAAAUCAGUUUUAACGGCAAUUAAUUUUUAAGGUGAAACCUUCUCAACUGAUGGCUGCCCUAUCUCUAAGCACAGAAGAUCGUUUGGAGAAAAUGCGAUCUUCCACGAGAAAAUACAAAAUCACUAGUAAAAACGACUCGUUUAUACGAUGCCCUGAAGCGAUUAUUUUUCAGAACUUUAAAAUCGGGGAAAUUUACACUACUUCGUUGGUUGUAACCAAUCAACGAUCGGUUACCCAAUGUCUCAAAGUCUAUUUUGAACCGUCAAGAUUCUUCACAUUAUCAAUGGAUAUGGCCCAGAGUAACAUGACAAAAUUUGUUCCAGGAUUAUCGAAAGCUUUCCAGAUAUCAUUUGUGCCGACUGAUGCAGGACGAGAUUUUAAGCAUGAAAUAAAAUUUGUCGGCGAACUUACUGAGUUUAUAGUCCCCAUUUAUGCGCUAGGGCCUCGACCAAUUGCCCAUAUGCCAGACGUAAUUCGAUUGCCUCCAACUUUGGUAAAAGUUGAAACAUCAGCAACGAUCGUGCUAAGAAACACUGGAAAAAUGCCAUUGAAUUACUCCCAACUUGUGGACGCUCCAUUUUUCUGCAGUAUACCAAAGGCUAUCCUUGCCCCUGACGGUAUUCUCGAAAGUCGGUAUCAUUGCUACCCAACCAAGCCUGGUUUCAUCACUGGAAAAGCCAGAAUCUAUUUCCGAUAUGAUUUUUGCAUCACUGUUGAUCUGGAAUGUGAUGCAAAAAGCGUUAAAGUGCAGCUGGAUACCCAUCUGGUGACUUUUGAGGAUAUUUUCAUGGGCUUAUGUAGCAGAAAAGUGCUGAGUUUAUACAAUGGCAGUGACUAUCCUCUGAAUUUUGCGUGGAAAAUGAACGACAAAGAGGAUGAAAGCUGUGGGAUUUCCAAACUGGUUGAUUUAAUGGAGGAAAUGAAGGAGUACGAACAGAAGCGGUUUGAGAAACUGGAAUAUCUGGAAAUAGUCGACGGGGAGAGCCAUGCAAAAAUCUACGACCGAAUAUUUGAGGAUGAAAAGUUUGAUUUGAUCACGAAGCAAGGUUUUCUGUUUAGAUCAAAAUUUUUCCAAAUACUCCCAAAGGUGGGCAAAGUCCUGCCUAAAUCCACUUUCGAAUUUUCUGUGGUGUUCCAACCGAGCCAGAAUAUAUUUUACUACUCAGUUGCCUAUUUGGACAUUGAGGGAACUGAAAGGAGAACCAGGGUUUCUUUGCAAGGCUACGGCAUUGGUCCACCCGUAGUUUUAACUGUUAAAAGCUUCAAUGUAGGCCAAAUAUUUCUAACGGAUAAACAUCAGUAUGAACUGGCAGUUCGGAAUAAAGGCGUUAUUCCUGCCACGGUAACUUACCAACCAAAGGAAACUGAUUGGGGAGGGACCUUAAGCUGUGUUCCAAACAGUCUUGUUUUGAAACCAGACUCUACUAGAGCGUUUGUCGUUCUGUUUUAUUCGAAAGUCCAAGGGGAAUUUAUCGAAACUUUGGAUUUUAAAGUGGAAGAAUCUGGCGAACCUUUACAGUGCAUUAUUAGUGGAACUGUUGUUUGCCCACUACUCAAGUGCGUUCCAGAUGCUGUAGUUUUUGGGACGGUUUCUGUUGGAUCAUGUAAUACUCAACAGAUAAACUUAGUCAAUGAAUCCCGAGUGACUAUUUGCUUUGAUUUUGAAUUUGAAGAUGAGGACUCCAUAGGAAAAGAGGCUCUAGAAAUUGUACCAACCAAUGGCAAAGUGCCGGCAUAUGGAACAACUCCUGUAAAGAUGCUGUUUUACUCAGAUGCAACAAUAAACUUACAAACGAACGUUCUUCUGGUAAUGUGGAAAUCUCGUCAAUAUUCGAUCAAAGUGCCCAUCCAUUGCAUUUGUGCAUGCCCUCAAGUAACGUGCGAACCUAAAGUAGUUAAUAUAAAAUUUUGCUUUUUAAACUGCAAUUACACCAGAACUAUCACGUUAACGAACCAGAGCGACUCUCCUGGAUCUGUAGAGUACAUUCCCCAAAAGGACCCGGACGCCAGUCCAGUUUUUUGCGCUCCCAAUAUAUCAAAACUCUUCUUUGAAGCGCACCAGGCCAUUUCUCUAGAGUUACAGAUUAGAGUUUCCCAACUAGGAAGCUUCGAGUUACCAUUAGUAUUUUCCGUAAUCGGUGGAAUAUCUCAAACCCUAUGCACAAUUAUUUGCAAUGGACAAGGUCCCGUAGUGUCGUAUCAGCCAGAUCGAGUGGAUUUUGGAAAAAUCAAAGUCCUGCGUCGAUAUGAAGAAAAGCUGACUCUAGUGAACGAUUCCCCAAUAGCAGCCAGCGUUCGAGUGUUUUGCAAAAACGACAGUUGGUUCCACAUCGAGGAAAGUGAGAGUUCCUUGGAGCUUUCCCCGGAAGAAGAAACUCAGGUCACCAUCUGGGCAAUGUUCAACAGUCCUGGACCAAGUAAAGACACGAUUUGCGUAGAAAUAUAUCAAGGCGAUACUUCAGCGAUUAAAGUAUCGGCUGUAGGGGAAGGGACUUCCAUAUUGUGCGAACCUCCAUUGGCCCCAAUGUUGAACUUCGGCAUUCUUUUGACCUACAAGGCUUUUGCUCAGGAAGUUCAAAUCAGCAAUAAAGGAAGCCAUCGGCACAAAAUGCUCUUUACCAAGAGCAGCGCAUUAAGAUCCUUGAAAGAAACCGAGGAAGACUUAUCUCCAUCAAGCUUCAGUAUCGAGCCGCGUUAUUUGGAACUUGAUGCUAAUUGUUCAACGUCUAUAACAAUUAAGAGCUUCAUUAAGAAGCCGAGGAAAGUAAGCGAGGAAUUUUAUUGCCAGGCUGUGAUUGGAAAGUCGCCCCAAAUACGGGCAAUCAUUCAGUUCACGUUGGAGGCCGAAUUUGUCGACCCGAAAAUGUCGUUUUCCCAAAACGACAUAAAUUUCAACCUGGAUGUUUACAAUUUUAAAGCUGAAGGAAAAACUGAAGACGUACUGGAGGUUGAUAAUAAAACCGGAAUUCCACUUCAAGUGCGCUUUACGCUGGACGAAAAUGAUGACACUUUUGCGGUUGCGGAUGGAACUGGAAGCACUCGUAACUCCAGCCAGGAUGUACAACGCACUUCUGCAAUCUCCGUCCAUUUCACGCCAACCAUCAAGGAAAAGCGACGAUAUUCACAAAAUGCGCGACUAAUUGUGGAAUAUGGAGAUCAUCCCAAAACUGACAUCAUCAAUUUGCAUGGCGAAGUUAUGUUUCCUACCAUAAAGCUCUAUCCAGACGAGGUGAAUUUUCAUUGUGUUGCUUUGGGCUCCACCGCUCAGGCAAACGUGCUCAUUCACAAUAUCAGCAACAUGGUGGUUGAAUUCCAGUGGUUUUGGCUGCAGAAGAGCAUUGAUAUUGUCAAUUUGGAUCAUGGUGAAGCGAAGAACUCCGUAAUGACGCAAUUUACGCAAAAUACCCAACAACUCAUGGUGUACAUUGAUCAUGAAAUGGCUGAGGUAAAACUCAAAGACUCUUUGGUGAGCGACUGGAAUUUAAUGGGCCAGGAUGUGAAACUUUGUUAUGAUAGCCAAAAGUAUUUGGAUGAAAUGAAGAAGGUUUUAUUUGCGGUUUUCCCUCCCGAUAAGCCCAAAGAAACCGAAUCUUUCAAGCCUCUGGCUCAGAAUCAUUCCCAAGAUCAAAUCUCAAAAAUAUUUUCGCUAGUGCCCAGUGAAGGCAUUUUAAUGCCCAAUGAAUAUUCCAUUGUAACCAUUGGAUUCACGCCACCACCUAACACAGAAGUAACAGCUACAGCAGUUUGUAAGAUACAAGGUGGUGAAGAAGAGCACCUGACUGUAACGGGAAGAUCUUCAAAAUUACGCUACAGCUUGGAUAAGCGGUCUGUGUAUUUUGGCAAUCAGAUAUUCUGCGAGGUUUGCUCAGCUGAACUUACGUUGACAAACACCGGUUUGUGCGCCAUUGAGUUUAAGGUGGUUUUCGAGGAAGUACUAACCAUGCAAGCGGAAAUGUUGGAUGUUACACCGAAAAUCGGAAGUGUUCCUGCUGGAGGUUGUGUGUCAUUUAAAAUCGGUUAUUUUCCGGGAUACCCAGGCAAAUUUUCAAAGACGUUCUCCCUUGAAUUGGGAUACCUGGAAGCUGUUCCAGUGAACGUGCAUGGAUACGCAGUGUGCAGCCAAGUUCACUUAAACGUUCCCAGAUCAUGGCAGCUGGAUACUGCAAACUGUUAUAAAGCAGUAGCAUGGAUUACUCCUGAGUAUUUAGAGGGUGUUCAGAGCAAAGCAAGAGAAUCAGACGAUGUGCCUCCAAGUUCCAACUUUCUGGACCAAAACGAUUGGGUUUACGUUUCCCAUAACGAAAUUUAUCCCAGUUUAGUGGACAUAAGCAUGGCCAUGGAGAGAAUAGUUGCGUUUAAUCUUGUAUCCGAAAACCCCAAACUGUUAAAAGAGCACACGAACUCCAAAAAAAUUCCAUACAUUCCCAGCUUUUUUCCUUCACCUUAUAUUGUGGACUUUGGGUAUAUUGUGCGCGACAUUUCAGUGUGUUACACCAUUUUAAUUUACAAUUAUGGGCCGAUUGCUGCUGAUAUUAAACUACUGGAAGACAACAAAACAGCUUUGUUGGAAAAGGAAAUAAAAAUCGAGUACAAGCCCAAAAUUGUUGCGAUGGGCGAAUCAAUUGAUUUGUAUGUGCUCCUUUCACCUACAAAGAGAAAAUGCUUGGAAGUAAAUCAGAAAAUUGAAGCAGCUUUUCGAUUGAGUGUCAAGCACGGGGCAGUUAUCACAGUUAAAAUUCUGGCGGAAGUUACAUUGCCAGUUGUGAGCUUGGAACAUGAGAACUUGUACUUUGAGAGUGUUCAUGUGGGAGAUGUGCUUAGGAAAAGCAUUAUACUAAGCAACUAUGGAAAUGUACAAAGCAAAUGGUUCGGAGAGAUAAUAAAGCCAAACAAAAAAGACAACGUUACUGGUUUCUUCAUGAUUCCAAGUCAAGGCCAACUGGAGCCAGGAGAACAAACCCGUUUGGACAUAUAUUUUGUUCCCUCUGAUACGCGAACGAUCCGAAGAACUCUCAGAAUUGAUGUGGAGUCAAACUCAGAACCACUGUACCUGUUUCUUCAUGGACACGCAUUGGAAGCUUCGUUGAUGAUUCUGCCCGGGGAAUUAACGUUUGCGCCCACUUUGAACUUCUUUCAAAAUAGCUUGUCCUUUGCAGUACAAAACAUGGCAGAAAUUCCCUUGGAGUUCUGUUUUCCUUCCUUGGAUCCCGAUUUUGAGCAGGAAAGGCAGUUGGUUGAAGUAUACUUGACCCACAAAAAUCUAAAGUAUGCUUUUGUGCCAAUGAGAAUAGCUGGAAGUUCACUUCCAGAUUUUUUUGCCACUACUUAUAACGAUCUUGUCUGCAAGCUGAGAAAAAAGCUAACGCUGAGAGAAGAAACUGAAUAUAUAGAAACAGCGGAAACUGGAGAUUUAGAUGGCGUUGAAGCAAAACCUCCUCAUAAAAGUGGUGAAUUGGAGGAUCCUUUGUUAAAAUAUUCGCCCAAAGAGCUGAACUCUUUAUUAAUGGAUUAUAUGACUGCAGAGGGUUUUGAGGCUGACGCCCCAUCAAACACAACAACGUAUAAAAUGGAAGAUUCUUCCGAAAAAAUCGAAAUUGUUGAAGCUGCUCCCAAACCCAUCCCAGAGGAAGUUGAAAGGAAAGGCGUUCUGUUCAUUUUCCAUGGAGCUCCCAAUACAGCUUUUUACAAAGGAGCAAACCAAUUUGGGAUGGCCUUAUCUAUUCCAGUUUAUAGUAUUGAUCGCCUAAUAAUUGAAUCUCUACUCGAAAGUACUCACUCUACUGCCUCAGAUAUUUUAGCAGUAAUCGAUAAUGCGGUGAUGGAGCGUGUCAACUUGAAAACUGAUUCUCUUUCAGAAUGCCUUGAGGACGAAGAUAGCGAAUACGACAAAAUUUUGGAGAAGAUUCAAAUAAUUUUGACAACAAAGCCGAAGAAACAAGCAAAAGUUAGGACACCGAAAGAAAAAGGCAGUAAGGCAUCAUCGGAUAAGAGCCCAGAAAAGGGCAAGGAAAAGGGCUCCGGAAUGAAGGGCGAUUGCUUCCUGAAUAUUUCAUUAGAUAAUCUGGUUGAGUUGAUAAAACCCAAGCUGAAAUCCAUGCAAGAACUUAUCAUCGAGAGUUUAUCUACUACUUUUAUUCUUCACGAAAACCAAGCUUUGUAUGCACUUUUAAGAGCGGCUGGACCUUUGCUGUACAUUAAUUUAGUUUUAUUUUCAUACACUAUUUCCGACUUUGUAAAAAAUGAGGCAGAUAAGUGGAAGGUUGAAGCUGAAAAAGCGCCAAUUGCAGUAAACAUAGAUAAAUCCAGGUCAGUUUCGCCUCCAGUUCAAAAAACUUCUCCUGCAGCUAAAAAGGAAAAAGCUAGCGCAAAAACAGGUUCGGAUAAAAUGUCGAAAAUCAGCCGUGGAGCUGGGAAAAGUGGUGAUAUGAACAAAAAAAUUCUUCAGGGUCUAAGCAAGUCCGUCAAAGCGCAAUUGGAAGCUUUUGAAAAUCUUCGGCAAGAAAUUUGGCAUAUUGCACAAUAUUGGGAUAAGCACAAUGCAACAUUACGAAAACCUUAUAGCAGCUCGGGAAGUAAAAAGGAUGCUUCAAGUAGAGAUUCGGCUAGAACCAACAGAAAUUCUAUGAAGAAACCAAACUCAAUUCACAAUAUGGAAGUAACUUUAGCGGAGCCAGGUUUAUUUUGCUGGUUAAUAGUCAAUUGCCCUCAGGACAAAGACAUUGACUACCCGGAGGUGAUUCGUAAUUGCAUCAAGCAGGAUGAAAAUCUUCAAAAAUGCCUAAAAGAAAUUGAAGAGAGUAAACAUAAAAAGCUCGAAGAAUCGCAAGCGAUCUUCUCAGUGAUAUCGAAAGUGGACUUUAAAAAAGCCGACCACAUUCAGCCACCAGUCUUUAGUAUAAGAAAUUGUCCGGCAUCAGAGCCAAUUCCUUUAAAAGAUCGGUCCAAAACGUCGUUGAUCAAGGUGAAGCGCAAGCGAAGCUCAAGAGGUUCGAGAAAAAGUGCAGACUCACGAUACGGAAACGACUCACAGCCAGUGCCGUUUACUAAAGCUUCAAACGAUGCGGAAUUCUCACCAAAAACAGUGCUUCAACCGGGGGAUCUAAUAAAAUACCAAGUGACAUUCUGCCCUGAAAAAUCUGGAAUGUACAAGUAUAAAUACAAUAUAGUCACGACUGCGUCCAAAACUCCUUAUCAAGUUUUGUGUAACGCCAUCUGCGAAUUUCCCCGUCUGGAUACCCAUCCUGAAAUAAUGUUUCCAAAAACCCUAGAGAAUUAUAAGGAAAAAGCCUCAUACGAUCACUUUGUUUUUAUUAAAGAUCAGAAGAUAUUCGACUUUGGGUCCAUUGUAGCUGGCCCCAGCCCAGAAAAGUGCCUAGAAUAUACUUCAUCCAUUCUGCUUCGCAAUGCUUCAUCCUCACCAUGUGAGGUUUAUGUCAGCUUAAGCAAUGACGCCUUCAGCAUAGAGCCCUCAAGUUUCAUAAUUCCACCCAACAGUGAUGACACAUUAAAGGUAUCCACAAAAUCUAUCAAAGCAGGAACAUUUACCACGCAAAUGUACAUUUCGAUUAAAAACAAUCCAGUUGUGGAAGACUACACUCUGGCGUGUUCGCCAUGCAAAUUGGAGUUCAGCAUUUUUCCAAGAAUCGUGAAUUUUGACAAAGUACCAUUGCACUAUUCAGCCAAACGGAUUGUGAAGCUUACCAAUACAUCCCCAAUAAAUCUUCGUUGGGAAUUUGUUGAGCCUGAAUGGGCAGCUGAAAUAUUGGAAAUGCCCCAAACCCAAGGAUUCAUCGGACUAUAUUCAGUGAGCGAUGUGGUAUUUCGAUUUACUCCGACUGAAGAAAUGGUCAUUUCCAAAAAGCUUUUGCAAAUUCGGGUAUUUGAUGUGAACAGUACAAGCUUAGAGCCCUGCUUUAUAGAGAAUCUUCCAAUUCAUGUGGAGUCUGUAGAAUACAACAUCGAGUUUGAUCAUCAUAUAGAUUUUGGUGAUAUUAAGGGUGGCGUUGAUCACAAAACUCUGUUUGCUAUCUCGAAUAAAGGGAAGUGUGAGAUUGCUCUAAAAAUUGAAGUAUUUAACAAUCCUUUGGAAAGCCAUAACUUUGUUCGAGAAUACUUCAAAAUGCAGCCGCUGCUAAUGACUAUUGGGGCGCAAAAAUCGGACAAUCUCUCUAUAAUAUUCCACCCGAAAAGAAACUUUUCCAUUCAGAAUCUUCUGAUAUUUGUUGUGAGCAUGAUGGAGAGCAUUCAAUCUGGACAUGUUGUGCAGUCCUAUAAAGUAACUGCAAGCGCUUCCAGUUUUAUGCCCAAUUAUGAGGUUUGCCCAGCUUCGCAUCUGAAUUUUGGGCAUGUUCAAUUGCUGGCUCCAAAGAAGCUGAAAUUGGUGUUGACAAAUAACGGACGGUUUCCGUUCAGUUUUUCUAUAUUGAAUUAUCAAAAAUUCAUAGAGUCGCUAAAGAAAGGCUCAAAGAAAGGCGGAAACAUUUCGGAUAGCGAAAGUAAAAAGGGCAAAAAGUCAGCUAGGGGCGAAGAAGAUAAACACAAACCAGAGAAAGAACGACAUAGUGAUAAGAAAACGAAAACCAAAUCGGCUGGAAGCAAAAGCAGCACGAAAACGGAAAAGAAAAAAGCAACUAAAAUUACAAAGUUGGAUGUAGGAGGGUUCAGCAUAGUUCCUUCCACGGGAUUUGUGGCUCCUGGUGAUAAACUCAGCAUAGAUGUGGAAAUUGCGCCUAACGAAAUGAAAGACUACAAGGAGAAAAUCUUGCUGAAUAUUCCAGAAAUUGAAGACAAGCAAAAGAACAAAGUGAUAUCUUUGGAAGCAAUUGGAUGUGAACCCAAAAUAAACCUAACAGACCCGGAAGGUGUCUUCUUAGAACAAUUUAUUGUUGCCAACGUUGAAGACUUUGUGGCUCCAAAAAAUGCUGAGGGUUGCGUGAUAUUUUCCACCUCCGACUGCAGUUUACACUUCAAAAGGGUUUGCAUAAAUACCCCCGUAUCCACCAGACUUAAUUUGAAAAAUAUCGGCUUCGUCCCUGCAUAUCUGAGCGCGAAAGUAGACGAUGGGGGCAAAAACGUAUUUUCGUUGAUAUCAUCCAGCAAAACUUUGGAACCCUAUUGUAAUGAUUGGUUGCAAGUGGUGUUCAAACCAAAUUCCUUGGAACAAAUCCGUGGGAUGUUAGAGCUUUCUUACAAUGCUUCAUCAGGCAACAAAUUAGUGGUUCAGUUGCAUGGUCAGGCCUGCUUGCCUCAGAUCAAGCUGAAACAACCGGCAGUUAACUGUGCAGAGCCCCAUUUAAGUUUUGGUCCAUUAUGUGUGGGAUUUUCAAAAUCCCAGAGAAUAGUUUUUGAGAACAUAGGCGAAAUUAAGUGCAAAGUUAUUGCAGAAUUAUCGCCCAGUUCUGAUGCAUUGAGCUUUGUGCCUAUAGGAGAAACUCUGCUGGAGCUGAAUGUUCACGGAACGGAGUAUGUAGACGAAAUGAAGCAUAAUGUGAUGGUUAAUUUGGCACCUCAGAGUGAAGCUGAAUUCGAUGUCGUCUUUAAACCAACUCAACCGGGGACUGCUCAAGCUGCUUUAACGCUUCAUACAAUACAAAAUCCAUAUGAAGUUAUUAAAAUUCUCAUCAUUUCCGAAAGUUUCAACAACGAAAUAAUUUUCGAACGACUCGAACCAACGAAAAUUUCGACAUCCUCCAAGUCACUGUUAAAUGGCAAAAAUUCUAUUGGCUACUUGAUAGAUUUGGGCUACAAGCAGCUGAACAGAUUGUACAAACAGUCGUUUCUCAUUCGGAACAGAUCAGUUGAUACUUACAGGUUCCAGUUCUACAGCACUUGCGUGCUGUUUAUUCCAGAAGUGGGACACUUAAAGCCGGGUGCCUGGAAAGAAGUUUUGGUCAUUUUUAAGAGCUCUGUUCCCGUUCAACUACACAACGAAGCAGUUAGUUGCAGCGUUACCAAGAUCCAAUACGUUUCCCCGGAUGGAAAUAUGUUAAGUUGGGACGACAGGCAAAAGUUUGUCUACUGGAUUCCAGAUACAGAUAAUUCGGAUUCCAGCGCAGAUAGUUUAUCUGUAUCGACAAUGACAAAUAAAUCGUCUCAUAAACGUGGUAAAAGCAUCGCAUCAGUCAAUGAGAGAAAGUCUCAUUUUAGUUCAUUCUCUGUAAAAAGUUCAGAGGCUCACGAUUGCAAGUUGGAUGCUAAAACGAAGGUCAUCAUGGAAGGAGGAGAACCAGAGUUUAUUACUGUGGCAGAGACGUUUGAAGUUAUUUCUCUAUAUGUCUCAGUUGCAGCUGAUUACGCUAGAUACGAAUCCGUGACGAAUUUUAUUAAUUUCCGGGACACCUUCAUCAAAGAGGAAACCGUACAAGAGUUUGAAGUGAAAAAUAGCGGUGUCGUGCCACUGAAUAUAACAUGGGAGCUUUCCGAUAAAAACCGGUUAGUUUCUGUGCGAAAAUCCUCAUCAGAUACUCGGCUGGGCUUAAGGCAAAGCACAGAGGCCCCACUGAAAAGUGCAAGUUCUUCCAGCUUGUUUUUAUCAAUUUUUUCUCAAGAAAUUGAACAUCCGCUGGCUAUUACCAUUGAGUCAGAAAAGGACCGAGUCGAACCCGGUGAAACUCGAUGCUUUUUAUUAAAAUUCGCCCCUCAAGAAGUUGGCAACUAUGAAGCCUUGCUUAAAUCAAAAAUUGAUUGUCUAGACCCAGACUUGGAGGAAAUGUGCCUGCUGGUCACCGCUAAAGCUUUACCAGUUCCAUUUUAUUUUGAACUUGAUGACCUACCUAACACCAACCAAGAGAUUCUGUUGGAGUUUGAAAAUAUUGGAAUCGCAACUGAAUCGACGAGGCAACUAACUCUGGUAAAUCCUUGUGAUCACCAGGUAACUUUUGAUAUAACCAUACAAGACCAAAAGGAGUUUUCUUACUUUACAUGCCACGCACCCCAAGGGCGAAUUAAUAAACUCAGAAAAUAUUCAACCAGCUUCAGCUUUUGUCCUCCUAUCUUCGGAUCAUUCACGGAACAAUAUGUGUUAAAUAUUUCCCAAGAAAACCUACAAAGAACCAUCAAACUGCAAGGCAUAUGCAGAGAGCCGAAGGUUAAUUUUUCGGAAAACAAUAUCGUACUAAAAUCGACGGUGCCGAAAGUGAAGAGUACAAAAUCACUGAGGCUGAUGAACGAAGAAAGGUUUCCAGUUUCGUUCAAGUUUGUCAAGAAAACUUUGUUCUCUGAGUGCCAGCAAGAGAAAUUGGAAGUGUAUCCGAUAGUGGGAAAACUGAAGCCUCAAAGUGAAUCUGAUAUAAAAAUAACAUUCACAUCUUCCCACCUGGUAACAUGCAGCUUUCACGUAAAAUGCCUCAUCGAGAAGCGCAAAUCCCCAUUAGUUCUUCACGUCUCAGCUUCUUGCAUCCAAGUUCAACCAUCGGUUAGCUUUACCGACAAAUCGGGCGAAACCACCACGUUAAAGGAGAAUCAAAUCAACGUUCUGGAUCUGGGAUCUAUCUGCAAAGGACAAAAAGAGCAGUUACUGUUUAAGAUACAAAACAUUGGCCAAACUGGAAUAUUUUAUGAAUGGCAAAUGGAUGCAAAGCCUGUGGGCCAUUUGUUCAAAAUUGCUGUUAAUCCAGAGAAGGAUUUCAUUAAAAGUGGUUCCACUGGAGUAUCGAAGUUUUUCCUGGAACCCUUACGAGCUGGAGUACUGAAGCAGUUCAAAGUGGCUCUAAAUAUAAUGUACGGUCCGACUUACACGCUCCAUAUAAAUGCAAGUUCCGAGAAGCCGAAUUAUUCCUUCUCUUUUAACACGUAUAACUUUGGCCAUUGUCUUGUACAAGCAGGAGAGACCAAUUUCUAUAAAACUGUGUUGGUUUUUAAAAACUCAGGCACCCAAAGCAUAUUUUUGCAAAACGUGUUUGGGAGGAACCACUGGCUCUCAGUGGAUUUUUCCUCUAGCGUUGUGCCUGUUGGCGAAGUUUGCCAUAUGCCAAUCAGGUUCUUUCCUCAAGAUCCUGGAUCUUAUAAGGAAAAUGUAGCUUUUAUGUUGGGAGCAAACAGGCACAUAAUUUACAUAACAGGAGAAGCAGUAAACGUUAAAUUGCAACUCUGCAAGCCGAAAGAUAAGUUUGUCAAUUUUGGAAAUGUUUUGGUUCAUUCGGCGAAAAAAUACCGAAUUGGGGUGAGCAACAAUUCCCCUGCCAGGAUGUCGGUGCACUUUGCGUUGUACGAUAAUUUGAUUAUACACACAAGGAAAAUGGAAAAAAUCCCGAUGGGUCUUAUGAAAAUGCCCAUAGUGCCGGCGAGUCCAAAGGAAGUUAAAAAAGACAAAGGGAAAAAGAAGGAGGAAAAGCAAAAAAGCGAGAAGCACACAGACGAGAAGUCUAAGACUGACAAAAAGGGCGAAAAAGCCAAAAAGAAAAACCAGCAAGUUAAAAACACAGAAGACCGCCUGGUGGCAGAAGAUUUAUUAAAGAAGCAGGCAGAUGAACGCCAGGAGUACUUGAAAUCUUUUGUAGUUUCCCCCAAUAUGUUCAUCGAUAUUCCUCCAAGAGGAAAAGGCCAUUUUGAUAUCACAUUCCAACCCAGCACGAAAAUUGAAUUUGAAGAGAAGAUCUACUUUGAGGUUCAGGAUUACAUAGAACCACUAUGCAUUAUAAAGGGAGCCAGCAUCAUUCCAGAAUUCACUUUGGAUAAAAAAGAAGUACUGUUUCUGGGUGUUAUUACUGGGCAUAGUGCUUCGCAAUUUGUGAGCUUGAGGAACAGUGGAGAUGUCAUUGGCAGCUUUAGUUGGUCCAUAGACGACAAGCAACAAAGCGCUUUUACAAUUGAGCCGAGGCAGGGCUUUGUUUUGCCGAAGAACGACAUGAAAUUUAAAAUUACCUUUUGCUCUGCUGAUGAGAAAUGCGAGAGGAAAAUCAAGGCGAAAUGUUCAAUUAAAGAAAUUAAAGAGUCUUUGGAGCUUGAGUUAAAGGGAAAUUCAAUUAGGAUGCCAGAACCAUCCGGAACCAUCACAUUAAAAUGUAAUGUGCGUGAAACAGUAGCUGAUCAUUCUAUAGCGAUAACUAACCAUACACUGCAACAAUGGUUACUGCUGACCGAACUGUCUCAUGAUGCGUUUUCAGCCCCAAGAGAAGUGAUUGUGCCAGCAACAAAUUCGGCAACAAUUCCUGUCGCCUAUUUUCCGCAGAAAAUGACCUCAAUGGCACCUGACCAAGGCACAUUAUUCAUCGAAAUGCCUGACGGUAGUGGUUUGAUCUACCGACUCAUUGGCCACGCGGCACCACCAUCAGCGAAGAAACGAAUCGAAAAGGAAAUCCGUUGCAAGCAAAAUCAUUUCGAAGACAUUUUGGCCGAAAAUUGGCUAACUGUUAAGCAGAUAUUUACGGUUUCAACUGAGGUGGUGUCUGCAGUGACUCCCAAAACUAUAUACCAAGUGUUUGGUUUCAAAGAUAUCGAACUGGCCGGAAUGGAGUCGAGGAAUUACAAAUGGGGCGUGUACGUAGUCAACGAAGGCCCCAUUGAAUUCAAAGUCACAUUUACGAAUCCGCAAACUGGAGAAUACGAGUUUUUUGAGAUCAGUUUUAAAGUACUUUCAAGUGAGCCUGUUGAAGUUAUAAAAUUCCAUGGACGGGUGCGAGAGCACUUUACACAACACUUCACCUUGGAAAAUCCUGUGGAUGUUCCCGUAACUUAUGAUUUGGAGUGUGCUGAGAAAAUUUUAACUUUCCCGAACUCGCUUACUAUAAAUCCAUACACUUCGGUAAAAGUUGAUGUGACUUACAGUCCACUACUUCCCGAAGACAUUUCCACAACUCUGAGCGCCAAAUGCGAUGAGCUGGGAACGUACACGUUUCUAAUAAAAAUGAAAUCUGAUCCACCCAGGCCAGAAUCACCAAUCAUCUUCCGAAGUGAACUCGGCUUUAAGACCUCGAAAACAAUUUUGUUCCAAAAUACUUUUGAGCGCCCAGUAGAUUUUGCGACGAUGUUUAGCGACGAAGAAUUCCACAUGGAACGUUGCAACUCGAUACCUCCAGGUGAAACUUCAAAAAUUGUACUUACAUUUGAACCAUCGGCUUUGGGCUGUUUGAAUAGUCAAUUAGUUUUGGUUUCUCCAGUGGCUGGCCAGUACAUAUACCCUUUGGUAGGUGAGGGAAUUCUUCCGACACCAAAAGGACCUUUUAUUGCGAAGCAAACGAGUCCAGCUGUUAUUGAGUUUAAAAAUCCUUUUAAACAGGACAGACAAUUUAAAUUUUGCUUGCAACCUGAUAUCUUCUGCUGUGACUUUGGAGAGGAUCUUAUAAAAGCUGGAAGAUCUACAAGAUAUGUGAUUCUUCUGCGCUCAGGCCUGGAUAUUGAUGGAUAUAAAACUGGGAAAUUAGUAAUUUCCCUUGCAGAUAAUCCAGAAGUACAGUGGAAGUAUUACCUGGAAACCAGUCGGUGAUUUUUUAUAAGAUUAUAUUUAUUUAUACAAUAUUUUGUGUGGAUGCGGUAAUAAAAUCAGUUAAACGAAA